UAAUAGUUCCUGUAGCACUGUGGCGUGUACGUUUCGUUCACAGCGCCGUACUUUUGUUGUUGUUUGUUUUAUUCGUUAUUUUCAAUCAUUAAAUACUACUAGCUCAUACUUUUUGAGCGAUGGAGACGAUUUUGGAGCAGCAGCGGCGUUAUCACGAGGAGAAAGAAAGGCUCAUGGAUUCCAAAACAAAAGAAAUGCUGCACAAGAAAACGACGCUACGAGACCAGAUCAAUUCCGAUCAUCGCACAAGAGCAAUGCUGGAUAGGUACAUGGAAGUGAGUGCAAAUUUACGGGAUUCUUAUGAAGAUAAAGAUGGAAUGAGAAAGGAAGAGCUGAACGCCAUUUCAGGACCAAAUGAGUUUGCAGAGUUCUAUAACAGAUUGAAACAGAUCAAAGAGUUUCAUAGGAAACACCCUAACGAGAUCUGUGUGCCAAUGUCUGUUGAGUUUGAGGAGUUGGUUAAAGCUAGAGACAACCCCACUGAGGAAGCACAGAACUUGGUUGAGUUCACGGAUGAGGAGGGAUAUGGUAGAUACUUGGAUCUUCACGAUUGUUACCUGAAGUUCACCAAUCUAAAGGGGUCGGAGAAACUUGAAUACAUUGCGUAUUUAUCUACGUUUGAUCAGCUGUUCGAUAUUUCUAAAGAGAAGAAGAAUGCUGAAUAUAAAAAGUAUCUUGAAAUGCUUUUGGAAUACCUCAUGGACUACACAGACAGAGUAAAACCUUUACAAGACCAAAAUGAACUCUAUGGAAAGAUUCUCAUUGAAUUUGAAAAGAAGUGGGAAAAUGGCACCUUUCCUGGCUGGCCAAAAGAGACCAGCAGUGCAUUGACACAUGCUGGAGCACAUUUGGAUCUCUCUGCAUUUUCCUCUUGGGAGGAAUUGGCUUCCUUGGGGUUGGACAGAUUGAAAUCUGCGCUGAUGGCUUUGGGUCUGAAAUGUGGAGGGACGCUAGAAGAGCGGGCACAGAGACUCUUCAGCACCAAAGGGCAGUCCUUGGAGUCGCUAGAUCCGUCACUCUUUGCAAAGAAUCCCAAAUCCAAAGGACCCAAAAAGGACACUGAGCGUAACAAAGAAAUGGCUUUUCUAGAAGCUCAGAUCUACGAAUAUGUGGAAAUUCUUGGGGAACAAAGACAACUGACCCAUGAGAAUGUGCAGCGGAAGCAGGCUCGUACGGGUGAGGAGCGAGAGGAAGAGGAUGAAGAGCAGCUGAGCGAGAGUGAGAGUGAGGACGAGGACAACGAGAUCAUUUACAACCCCAAGAACCUGCCACUGGGCUGGGAUGGCAAGCCUAUCCCUUACUGGCUCUACAAGCUUCAUGGUUUGAAUAUCAACUACAACUGUGAGAUCUGUGGUAACUACACCUACAGAGGACCUAAAGCAUUUCAGCGUCAUUUUGCGGUAAGGGUUUUUAAACUCUAAUCUUAUGUAUUUACCAGUUGAUGCAUGCUAUUGCUCAAAUUUUUAUUUAUUUAUGUAUUUAUUUAUUGGCUCAUUAAUCAAGCAAUAUAAAUAUAUAAUCAAGAUUAAACUUGCAUAAGAC